ACCACAGGUUCACACUCAACUAGGAUCGAUCCCCACUCUCGCUGUCGUCCGCCAUGGCAUCCAGCAACUUUCCCUACACUUUCACCACCGUUCCAGACACCCUUAAGAGCCCAUUCAAGGAGCACUUUCCGGCUUACACUGAGGGUUUGGUCCAAAGCAACCCUGGCAAUUUCGUCUAUCAUCCGCUCUACGGUGCCAACGCCAAAAAGUUUUACGAUUUUCCCAUCCGCAAAGAUGACAUCUGGAUCCGCACUUUCCCCCGAUCAGGAACCACCUGGACUUCCGAAUUGGCUUGGCUCAUUAUGAACGACUGCAACUUUGAUGUGGCCAACAAUAUUCCGUUGACUGUCAGAGCACCCAACAUCGAUACGUGUUACUGCACCAACUGGGAAGCCAAGGCGACAGAGGAGCUCAAAGAUGCCCUGCCAACUUUGGAUAAAAUGGACUUUUUGACGUCACCCAGGGUACUCAAGAGCCACUUGCCCCACUACCUGCUACCCCCUGGCUUGAUGGACACUUGCAAGGUCAUCUACGUGGCACGUAACCCAAAAGAUGCCAUCGUUUCCUUCUACUACUUCCACAAAAUGGUCAAAUUCUUCCAGUUCGAGGGAACCCUGGAAGAGUUUGCCGAAUAUUUCAUUGCAAACAAACUUGUCUGGACUCCUUAUUUCCCGACCGUCCUGGACGCCUGGAAAAACAAGGAUCACCCCAACAUGCUCUUCCUUUUCUACGAAGACAUGAAAAAGGACAUCAGGAAGGAAAUCAAGAAAAUUGCCGGAUUCCUGGGCAAAACUGUGACGCCAGAGCAGAUUGAAAAGUUGGUCGAUCACGUCAAAGUGGACAACUUUUCUAAAAACGCAUCAGUCAACAUGUCGAUGGAGAUCAAGUCCGGUUUCACCAACGAAGGACAUUCGUUUGUUCGCAAAGGCCAAACUGGCGACUGGAAGAACCACUUCAGCCCAGAUUUGAACCGACGCAUCGACGAGUGGAUCGCCAAGAAUUUGGCGGGAAGCGAUUUGAAAUUCGUCACCGAACUCGACCACCAAGAAUAAAAUAAAAAUUAAAAAAAAAACACAUUUUAAAUGUUAUUUCUAAUAGAUUGAUUGUCAAUCUGAUCGAUUCCUAACAAAAACUGUUACAAUUUCAAAUAAAUUCAAUUAUCUCUAUCC